AUGUUCAGCCCAGGGCAGCUGAUGUCGUCUCUCCCCCCAGGGGUUUUCCAUGCUUCUGCAGCUCACUUGUACUCCGCUUUCCCCGCUCGCUUGAGCUCAUCGCACAUCUCCAGCCUCUUCUUACCCAGCCCCUUAUUCAGCUAUGAGAUUUUACAAAAUUGCCUGCAGCCUGAACCCUGCAAACAGGCUCUGAUCCUGGCCACUCAGGCUACUGGGCUGGCUGGGAUUACAGAAUACACAGAUGAAUCCCGUCCGGUGAAACAGAGACGAGCGCGAGCCAAUUACAGCAGCUGGCAACUGGAGGAGCUGGAAAAGGCUUUUGAAGCAACUCACUACCCAGAUAUCUUUAUGAGAGAGGCACUGGCGCUGAGACUGGAUCUCAUUGAAGCGAGGGUGCAGGUUUGGUUUCAGAACCGUAGAGCCAAGAUGCGGAGACAGAUGAAACUGCAUGGGAAGGUCAUGGAGAAGUCUCCAAGCAAGGACCCAGAAGGACCUGCUGACAAGCCCAAUAUCAAGACUCAGGACCUGGGCAGCUCUGACAGUGACCAUUGGGAAGGUAAGCCAGAGAAGCCCAGCUACCCUUGGCCUGGAACUCAACCUAAAGGAAAGCCAGCUCUGCUCGCUGCCCCCUUCCAGGCAGUGGUCGAGGGGCUGAGGGAACGGGAGAAAGGGCCGAGCACGGAGGAGUUUCGUUCUUGCAGUAUCGCGAAUCUGCGGGCAAAAGCAAGGGAGCAUGCAGCAGAAAUCCGGAACUCUGCUGCCAAAACAUUACCAGAGCCUGAAACUGAGACUUCCUCAGCAGGAAUGGAGAGUACCUGAUACAGACACACAGGCCUCUCAACUGGCACUUUUAUGACAUGAAAACACUUCAAAUGGACUUGAUAAUAAGUGUUACCUACGUGAAUGGGUUGAUUUCUGGGGUGGGUACAGUUAUUAUCAUCAAACGUAUUAGUUUGGACAGUAUUUGAAAUGGAGAGGGACCCUAACACGAUUAACUUUGUGAAUGAUAUAUUUUUAACCUUGUUUUAAAUGUAAUUGUUCUUGUUUGCGUAGACUUUUGCAUUAAUUUUUGUACAUUACCUCUGCCUUUUAUACGUUGUGUAUUGCUUUCUUGAUAAAUAUAAAAUAAACGUGUACAAUACAUAUAU